GUUUAUGCCAAUCUUGUAGUUAUUGUACUGGAACGAAUUCUUGCAACUUGGAGUUGGAGUCAUGGAUCAUGAAACUAUUGAGGCGGAACCCGAUCUGAGUGGUUCAUUUUGCCAGACAAGCAGUGUGGGCUCUCCAGUGACUCAACGCUCUUUAAGUUUACCACGCAGCUUAUCAUUCGAGGUAGAUGAUGAUACUGAAAGUGAAAAUGUAUCAGAGACUGGUAGUGGCAGCAUCAGGUUAUCCAUUGACAAGGGAUUAGAAAAUGAAAUGGCGGUUCCCAUUUCAGAGGACAUUUUAUUACGAUCCCAUGGGUCCCGGACUCACGAUUCCACAGCCUUGAAUACUAGAUCCCCAGUGUCACUUUUGCCAGGAGAAAUCUUAUCUCCUAUAUCGAUUGAUGUGUUGGUCUGCUCCGAGGAAAAACAAGAAGACAGAGAGAAAGCAUUUGCGUUGCCACCAUUACUCGAGUAUAUGUCCUGUCUUGUGUAUCUGGCAGUUUUUGGAAUUCUUGGGGUUUUAACAAGGUACAUGCUACAGAAACUCUUGCUCCCUGCUGUUGCUGUGGUGAUAAGUGACAACUGCCCGCUAUAUCUUGAACUACCUUUCAAUAUGGUUGGUUCGUUCUUGAUGGGAUGGUGGGGUGUUGUUUUCAGAGGAGAUAUAUCCAGAGUGUCUGAAUAUUUGGCUAUUGGAUUAACCACUGGUUACUUAGGAAGUCUUGCAACUUUCAGUGGUUGGAAUCAGAAAAUGCUUGAACUCAGCGUUGAUGGUCAUUGGGUGGUUUCUUUUGUUGGCUUUCUCAUAGGGUUAUUCCUUGCAGCAUACGCCAUAAAAUUGGGUAUUGGUACAGCCAAAUGUUUCAAGUCAUUUCUCGGAAGGUCAAACAGAAGUGCAUGCUUAGCCAGUUGGAGGGUGGACAACCGCUAUCGUCAUAUACGAGUCCUGAUGGUAUUGGUGGUAAUAUUAGGCCUUUUAUGGAGCGUGAGCUUGGCAAUGCUCAAGAAAGAGUAUAACCACGAGGUCCCCGACAGUGGUAGGGUUCAGCUAUGGCUGGCUUGCAUAGUUGCACCCCCAGGGGUGUGGAUCAGGUGGUUCUUAGCACGGCUCAAUGGGCGUGGGUUAGGGAAGGCGGGUUCUCUGAAAUGGGUUCCAUUCGGAACCCUUAUUGCCAAUGUGUCCGCAGCUUGUAUCACAGCAGCACUGACUACUGUGAAGAAAGCGGUGCAUACCAAAACCUGUGAUACUAUUUCAACAGGCAUGCAGUUCGGAUUUUUGGGUUGUCUAGGUACUGUUUCUACCUUCAUUGCCGAGUACAAUGCCAUGGAAGAAAGCCAGAAAAACUGGAGAGCUUAUGCAUAUGCCCUGAUGACAAUAGCUAUCUCAUUUGGCUUGGGGAUCCUCAUAUACUCCGUACCUGUUUGGACUAGGGGAUACAAAUAGCAAUGUCAGCUUACUUUUAAAUCUCUCUUUUGGAUGCUGUCUUACUGUAUAUUAAUUUUGACAUGAUGUAGAAAUUUGACUCUUGCUUAAUAAAGGUCUAUUGUUGU